AUGCGUCCGCAACACUUCCUGGCCUCAAUUGCCCUCGCUUUGCCGGUUCUCGCUGGGGCAUCUUCCGGAUACACAAAACUCGGCUGCUAUUCGACCGUCCCGGACUUGACUGAUUCCGCCCAGGACAACUACCAGGCCUACGGCCUGUGUCUCAGCCGGUGUACCAAGGCCGGGUAUAAGAUCGCGGCGCUGACCAAGGGCUCGACCUGCGCUUGCAGCAACGCCAUCCCGCCCAACUCGGACAAGGUUGACGACAGCAAGUGUUCAGCCGCGUGCACGGGCUACCCUAGUGACCAUUGCGGCGGCGAAAAUGCCUACAUGGUCCUCAGCACCGGUCAGUACGCCGUGCUCUCUAACUCCGACAAUGGCGCGACUGCCACCGCCACCGCGUCCACUGCGGCCGGCGGCAUCGUCGUCGCCCCGACAAACAUGAACCCGACCUCCGUGCCGACCGGCAUCCUGACAGCCCCGGAUUCGAUGGUCUCCAAGGCCAGUUCGGGCGCCGCAGCCUCCCGUACCGCCGGCGUGACAAGUUCGAGCGCCACCCCGUCGCCCACCAUCAACGCCGCCGGGUCACUACGUGCAGGCUCAUCCGUGGCCGGUGCGUUUGUUGCUGGGCUCGGUCUGCUCCUGUAA